AUGGAAAAUAAUCAAACACAAGAAAAAGAAGUAAAAGAUGAGAAAGAAUAUUCAUAUAAAGUAAUCACUAAUAGACCAGCAAGAAAACAAAGUGAUGGAUAUGUACCAUAUACACCUACUCGAAGUGGAGAUUAUAAUAUUUGGUAUAAUAGAUAUAGUGGAUUUGAAAGUAAACAAACAAGAGGAGAUAGAGGGAAUAUGACACGAUGUUGUAUUAAAACAGAUGCAGGAACAACAAAAAGUAAAGAAAAUUCACCAAUAUGUCUUCAUUUUGCAUUAGGAAAAUGUUUUAAAGGAAAAGAAUGUCCAUAUAAACAUCAACUUCCACAAGAAGAAGAUGAAAAACAUUUAGGAGUUAUUAAAGAUAUAUUUGGUAGAGAAAGACAUUUAACAGAAAGAGAAGAUAUGGGAGGUAUUGGGAAAUUUUCAAAAGAAAAUAGAACAUUAUAUGUUUCUGGAUUUAAAGGGAAUUUACCACCUCAAGAAAUUGAAGAAAUAUUAAGAAGACAUUUUGGAGAAUGGGGAGAAUUAGAAUAUAUUCGUGUUCUUCCUAUAAGAAAUAUUGCAUUUAUAAGAUAUAAAUUAAGAGGAAGUGCAGAAUUUGCAAAAGUAGCAAUGUCAGAUCAAAAUUUAGAUUCUAAUGAACGAAUAAAUAUUAGAUGGGCAUAUGAUGAUCCAAAUCCUAUAGCUAAAGCUAUUGAAGAACAAUCUAUUGCAUCCCAAUAUGUUCAACAAAUUAAAAAUAUAAUGAAAGAAAGAAAAGAAGAAAAACAAGAAUAUUUAAAUAUAAUUGAACCUCCAAUGAAAAAACAAACUGUUGUAUAUGAAGAAAAUCCAAUAGGUUUUAAAUAUUCUAUUAAAGAAAAUAAAACAUUAAAAGAUAAAGAACAUCAAAAUAUUAUUGAAGUUGAAAAAGAAAUUGAAAAAAAGAAGGAAAAAUAUGUCCCAAACAAAUACACUGGAUUUAUGCAUCCUUAUAGUUAUGGACUUUUUUAUCCAAAACAAUUUGAAAAUGCAAAAUUAAUAGAAGAAGAAGAAGAGAAUGAAAAAUAA